UUUGUAUUCCAUGCGUAGAGGUCAUAUUUCGUGUCCUGUCCUGGUACCGGUUUUGUUUCCCAAUUUGCAAAAGAAAACUGUAUCAACCGUACCUGGUCGAUAAUUCGAAACGAUAGCUAAUAAUACUGUAAAUAAUGACAGGGUUGAAAAAAAUAAAUAAACUGAUUACCGAUAAGCAGUACGCUGAAGCCCUGGCUGGUUUGAACGAUCUCAAUAUCAGUCUUGUCAGCUACGAUGAUUUCCAACAGGAAUCAACGGAAAUAUACAAUAACUUUUUGGCAUGCUGUCCAGCGGAAGACGAAACACAAGCAAAAGUGGCCAUCAAAUGUCUCAAUUUGUUGAAACGAUCUUGUGCCUUGGGAGAAACCUUCCAGAAUGAGAUAAUUUCCAAGGAGUCAUUUAUAAUUAAAAUAAGAGAAAUAUUACAGGACCAUCAAGCAAGCGAAAGCGUUCGCAUAAACUGCCUUCAGCUUUUGGCAAACCUCUGUGUUCAAAAUAAAUCUAAUCAGGAAACAAUUCUCAAGGAGUUUAAAGAUUUUUUACUCAAAAGUAUAGAAGACAACACGAGCUAUACCAAUGCCUCGACUAUGAUAGUCUAUAACUCGUUCAUCUACAAGAGCGAGAUCGGCCUCAGUGCCCAAGAACUGCUGGAGGUAUUAUUGGCCAAUGUAGAAAAGAAUAGAACUGACCAGUCGGAAGUACCUGAAUUUGUAAGCAUCUUUCUAGAGUAUCUUAUGUGCGAAAGUAACGAAAUCGUUGAUCAAUAUGACAAAAUUUCCAACGAAAAGCGAAUCUUAUUUUUGCACUAUCUUACCGAAUAUAUCCGGUAUGAUAACCGUCGAAACAGACCUCUGACUCAAGACUUGUUCAAGCAUUUGCUGACAAAUUUUAAACGGAAGUCGGAUGAAAUUUUGAAAACUAAUGAAGAUACGAAAAUGGAGUUAGGUGAUGUUGAGGAGGUUUUCACCCUGCUAGCAUUGCUGUCCGACUGCACGUGUGUUGAACCAUACGGAUCAUUUCUCCGACAGGAUGGAUCCCUGUUUCUCAACAUGGGCUGUUUGCUGCGGCUAUUACAAAAAAGGGGAAAAAGUGAAGACGAAAACAUGUUUACACCGAUCCAGAAGGUGGAAGAAAUCCUUAAAAUUCGACAAGGUACUAGCGAGCUGAACAUCGAACAGGAAAUAUCCUUUUCGCUCAAAUCAUCCUUGGUCAAAGCGCUCGCUAACCUUUCUUACAAAAACAAAAAGAACCAGAACUUGGCCCGGGAAAUGGAAAUCAUGAGUGCCAUCCUAGAUUGUACGAACCUGGACGCUCGUAAUCCUUUCAUUCAAGAGUGGAGCAUUCUUGCUAUAAGAAAUCUUUGCGAAGAAAAUCCGGAAAAUCAACAAUUCAUUGCAUCUUUGACUAAAAUAGGAGACGCUCCGAAUUCUUCGUUAACAGCUGAUUUCACUACCGGUACGGGAGGAACCAUUCGGAUCAGUGCAAGUUCAAGUUCACCGGCGACAUCCACAUCCCGUGGACAGUAAAUUUAUUUUACAAUAAAAAUCAAUUGUUCAGUCAAUACCACAAA